AUGUACAUCCAACAAUCGUCAUCUUCAUCUUCCUCAUCAUCUUUCUUCUCCUUCUCCACGUCAUCAUCAUCGUCGUCGUCGUCACUUCAUCACCGUCAUCAUCACAAAACCAUCCUUAACAUUAACAUCAUCCUCUCCUGCAUCAUCUUACUCGUGACGAUCUUUCACUCAAACGCCCUUGACCCAGUGGUCAACGUGGCCCGCGGCAAGCCAACAACUGCCCAAUUAACAUGCGGUUUUGCCGGCCCAGAAAGAUUCAUCAGCCACAAGUACACCGGCGUUCAAACUUCUCAGAACGUUGAGACGUGUUACAAUGUGAGUUCCUACCCCUCCUCCAACAUGGUGGAUGGCAACGAUGGUACUUGGUGGCAGAGCACCUCCAGAAUCAACUUCAUCGGCCAGGGCUACGGUGUCAAUGGAAAACCAGAUGCCUUCAUUGAACUUGAUUUGAAACAGAUGUUCGAAGUGCAGAGCAUGUCACUGCUGUUUGGAGAUUCACAGAGGCCUGGCCGGAUGGCUUUUUACAAAACUACCGACGCCAACACCAUCUACCAGAAUUGGUUUUACGUGGUGUCAUCUUCAUUGGAUUGCAAGACGUACUUCAACGUUCCAGUCUUACUGCAGGCCAAUGGCAUACAGUCAACUCCAUGUAUGCUCUACACAGCUCCGCCGUCCAUCAGCCAAAAGGUCGAAUACACGUUCACGAACCUAGUCCCACAAGCUAAGCCGUGGGUGAACGUUAGGAAGAUAAAGGUUGAAUUCUAUCAGAUAGAUCUGACGCUGGGUGUAACCGCUGGCUCAAAUGACUUCCAACACUACACAGUAAGGUCACUGGAUGUUUUCGCAAAAUGUCCAUGCAACGGUCAGCUGACCGAUUGCUUGCUGGACAACACAACGAACGAGCAGACGUGCGUCUGUGGCGGUUUCACCGCGGGAAAGUUCUGCGAAGUUUGUCAGCCACUCUACAAUAAUAAACUCUACGCUUAUGGAACGCCAUGCGAAAUGUGCAACUGCAACAACCUCGCGACUAGCUGCCAUUUCGACGCUGUUCUUAACACUGGCGUCUGCGACAACUGCCAGAACUUCUCGGCCGGGCCAAAAUGUGAUUCGUGCGUAGACAACUUCUACAAGAGCCUCACUGACGGUAGGUGCAUUCCUUGCAGCUGUGCUGGGGACUACGUGAAACCCGGUGGUGGCUGCUACAAAACCGCAUCUGACGUCAUACCCGCUGGGAACCCAAACCCUCAACCUGGGGAUUGCUACUGCAUGCCCUACAUCAUUGGACCGAAGUGUGACAGGUGUCAAGAUGGGGCCUAUGGACUCAGUGCUUCCGGGUGUACAGAUUGUGCUUGUUUAGUUAACGGUACAAUAGGCGCAUCAAUACUUUGUGACAGCGCUGGUCAGUGUGCUUGCAAGACCAAUGUGAUGGGGGCUCGUUGUGAUACCUGCAAGGAUGGCUGCACGGCGUGUGGUUGCGACAUCGGCGGUUCGACGUCGACCACAUGUGACAAGACGAGUGGUCAGUGCACGUGUGAAAUUGGCGUUACUGGGAGGCUCUGUGAUGGACCAGCUGCCGGCUUCUACUAUCCAAACCUUCAAUUUUUGUCGGCAGAGCUGGAGAGUCUGGAUGCACCUUGGGACAAAACGACUUCCGGAUACAGUGGUUUUGGCUAUGUUGUUCCUAUAUCUCAGAUCCCGGUAUCGGCGAAUAUUGACCUGACAUCCCUGGUCUCCAGUGACCUCAACACGUUCAAACUGAUGCUCAGGUGCAUGGCCUCUGCUCCUGUUAAUGGAGUGCUGGGAGUUGGACAGAACAACGUGAUAAGCACCACACUGAACAUGGCCAUACCGCUGACAUCGUCAUGGCAGUACGUACCAAUCGGCGAUGUUACACUAACCAAGGGAACCGUGUCUAAGAUUACCAUCACGAUACCGACUAUUGUGCCGGGUACCGCUAUUAAUUUGGACAGAAUCGUUGCCAUACCAGCUGAAUACUUCAACGCCACCUUCUUAUUGGGCCAACCUGCCGACGCCUCCUUCCAAUCUACAUGCAUGCCUCCUGCUAAUGCUGAUCUGGGCACAUCGAACGCGAACUGCCUGAAACCUCUCUUCACCCUCUCGACCUUCAAGUUGAACGGGGCCCUGCCGUGCAAUUGCGAUUUCACUGGCAGCACGAACCUCACGUACUGCGAGCCUGCCGGUGGCAAGUGCCCCUGCAAGCCCGGAGUGACUGGCAGGCGGUGUGAUCAGUGUGAUGUCAACUUUUCCAAUCUAGGAAUGGCUGGAUGUUUAGCUUGCAACUGCACAGCCACGACGUACAACAUGUGCGACCCAAGGUCAGGGUCAUGCCUGUGCCCUCCAGGUUCACAGGGGGACCGCUGCCAGACGUGCAUGCUCAAUUAUUACAGCUGGAAUGAAUUGAAAGGAUGCCAGCCAUGCAGCUGCAACACGAUCGGAUCAACAUCCCUAUCCUGUAACGUCAGCAGUGGGAGUUGCAGCUGCAAGUACGGAGUGACGGGUCUCAAGUGCGAUCAGUGUCAGGACGGAUUCUGGCAGUUGACUUCUGCCGGAUGUUCGCCAUGCAAUUGUGAUCCUGGUGGUGCUGUCAGUCCUACAUGUGAUAAGGGAACUGGAGCUUGUACUUGCAAGUCCAACGUACAAGGCCGACAGUGCACGGAAUGCAAGAUAAACAGCUUCUCGAUGUUUCCGAGCCUGGCUGAUGGCUGCUUGACUUGCAUCUGCAUGGGAAUCACGACAAUCUGUUCCGCUUCCUACUACAUCCCAACCACCAUCGAUCUCACUCCGGAUCUAUCCACGAUAAUCGCCGUCAGCAGCAGCGGCGAUCCCAGUCCGGCGAUCAUCAGCGUCGUUGGAGACAUGGCCAACAUGGCGGUUCCUCAACAGUCGCCUAACAUCUACUGCAUCUCAUGCAUUGCGAUGUACAGUGCAACCACUUUGACCACACCUCCUGUACAACCCCUUCAAGUCAUCGUCAUCAGCAACAAAGGCUCGCAGAUGACUUUCAAGACGUUAAACUCUAACCCCACCAUUCCGCUGCCAAACGUGCCAUAUCAAAUGACCACGAACUUGACCGUUGAAAACUUGGUCAGUCCGACUGUUGGUGUGACCAGGGCAAGUGUGUUGCUACUGCUUAAUGAUGUUAAAGCAGUUCUGUUGCCUGCUGUUUUUGCUAGUGUGGCACAUCAGAGCAGCGUCGGUAGUCUAACGUACCAGAUGCAACCGAAUCUUGUUGAGAAGUGUUCAUGCCCUCCGGGCUACGAGGGAAGUUCCUGUGAGAAAUGUUCGCUCGGCUACUUUCGAGACGCACUGACCACAUCUGACUAUCUGGGCAAGUGCAUUCCAUGUCAGUGUAGCGCCAUGUCCAACACGUGUGAUGAAGUUACUGGUGUCUGUUCUAACUGCCAACAAAAUACUGCUGGAUCGAAUUGUGAGCUUUGCCAACCUGGCUUCUACCGCAACCCCCCCUCAAGUUCAGGGCCUUGUCUAAAGUGUCCGUGUGAAGGACCAAGAGUUAACUCGACCAACUGUGAGGUGAGGAACGGAAGUGUGGUGAUCUGCACGAGCUGCUCCUUCGGCUACGAAGGAGACAUUUGCAACAAAUGCCGAGCCGACCACUACGGCAACCUGGCGACCAAUUUAAUGAACGUCUGCAAGCCAUGCGCGUGCAACGGUCUCAGCACGACUUGCGACGAGUUCGGCAACUGCCUCAACUGCACCAGCUUCACUACCGGAAGUUCGUGCGAGAAAUGCGUCGACGGUAAAUAUAAGGACAGUGUGACGUCAGCUUGUGUGGAUUGCAAUUGUAGUUACACCGGCUCUUCAUCGAACCUUACUUGUGAUGGGGUGACGGGGCAGUGCCGCUGCAAGCACGGAGUCGGAUGGAGAGCUUGUGAUCAGUGCUUGCCAAACUAUUUCAACUUCACAUCAAAUGGAUGCCUGCCAUGUGAGUGUAACACGUUGGGCAGUGCAAGUUCCCAGUGCAUCAGCAAUGGCUCCUGCCUUUGUAAUCCGGAUACUGAAGGAUUCAAGUGCGAUGUUUGUUCCGUUGGAGCAUUUGGGAUACUCAACGGAUUGCCCUGCCAAAAAUGUGCAUGUGACCCAAGAGGUACGGUGAACACCACCCAGGACCUCGCCACAUGUGACAGACUGACCGGCCAGUGCAACUGCAGACCCAACGUUGUCGGCAGGAACUGCAGCAUGUGCGCUCCCAUGUACUCCACAGUACCAGAAGUUUUGGACUGCCAAAAAUGCGACGUCUGCUCCACAAGCCUGGGAAAUGACGUCAUUGCAAUGGUAAACACUGCCACUUCCGGCAUCUCAUCUCAUUUAACUGAACUAGCCCAGUUUCAGCAGCUGAAUCAACAGCUGAUCAGCAGUCAGCUGACGCUAAGCAACUACUGCUUGCAGUUGAACAGCUGCAUUGACGCCAGCAACAGUUACUACUUCUUUAAGAAUGGUUUGCACAUUCAGCUGAAUGUAACUGCUGUCACCAGAGCCAACAAAAUUAUCGAACUAAAUAACACGGCCAACGCAUUGAACCUGAGGGCCGGCCAGCUGAACAACGACACCCUCGCCGAACUCUCCAGAAUGACCGCCCUCAAAACAGAAAGUGACGUCAUGGGUGUGGCCAGCAACAAACUCAACAGCGAUCUUGACUCGCACGUCAACAAAUUUCAAACGUACAACAUGACCGCGGCCAACUCGAAUCAAGUAUCGAGUCUGUUGUUGAGAUCUAAUGAUCUCACGAAACGGGCCAACGAGAUACUGGCUGUACUUCUAACAAUGGAGACAACAACGAAUUCAAUAAAAUCGAAUAUACUCGGAUCUCGGCAAAUAUCAUUGAGUACCGACACCAACAUCCUAUCGCUCAACCAGACCGUCCGAAUGGUUGAUAGUCAGCUGGUCUCAUUUCAAAAUGAUAUCAUCAGUUUGAUCGGUCUUAGGACGCAAUCAAACGACUUGUACAAAUCUUACAGCGACAUCGUACAAUCGACUGAAACCUUGUUAGGCAUUACGAGAACCAACCUCACCAACUGCAUGCUAACCUUCACCGAGUGCCUCAACCUCAUGCACGGAACGUGGACUAACCAACCUCAAAUUUCAAUCGAUUCCGGCUUCCAAUCGUGGAGCCUUGCCUACCAGACAGUCAACCUGAUCUUGACCACGGUCAACUCCAGCCUCAACAACCCACAAUCGAAACUCUUGAACGCCGAGCAGCGUGCAGAUGCUCUCGCCACACAGGCCAACACGAUCAGCGGUUCUUUCGACCAAGUGAAGAGCAAAGGCCAACCGCAAGUAGAUGCCAUCAACAAAUUUCAAAGCGUCAUCGUCAGCCUCCAAUCUGCACUGGACAGCACCAAGAGCAUGAAUGACACGCUCCAAGACGUUCUCAGGUAUUUGAACGCGGCUCCCAUAACAGACCUGCAGAACAGAGUCAACAUCUCUACCGCUAUGGCCAACCAAGAAAAGAGUCAAAUUGAUAACCUGACAUCCAGUUAUAGCGAUGCAGCUCUCAAUAAAGCACUAGACGAUGCGGCAACAUCCUUCCAGAACUCGGUGAACAUGUGGAAUGGACUUGACACACCUCUAAAUAAUUUCUCCAGCUCCUAUACCGACUUGAUGACUUUUAUAUUGAGUAUUUCUCCCUCCCUGAACAACAACUACCAGACGGGGAUGAACCGGGUCCAGGAGGACAACGCCAGCCUCAGCGCACUGGACACCGCCAACAAUGCCCUGAGGUCAAAUGUCGACGCUCUGAACAACAGUAUCAACAGCAUUUCGAUCGAUGUUACGAACGCUUACGUAGAGGAGAGUUCUUUAAAGGCUAACUUAACAGCAUUCAAAGCCAAGUUGGACCAGGUACGUACGCUCACCAUCAACUCGACGAGAACUUCAUUGGACUCUGUGAACGCCUCAAGACCUGCCCUCGAUGCCAGGUUCAACAACGUCAGCAACCUCUUCAAGCAGUUGCAGGAUAAGUUGGCCAAUCUGGAGCAACCUGUGUUUUUUCAACCAAACACUUACGAGCAGGUCAACAACCCGGAUAUCAACGUGAAUGACCUCUACAACAGCCUGGGUCUAGAUUUCAUGUUCCCCAAGCAGAAACGUGGUGUCUUGUUAUUUGUGGAGAACACUCUAUCAAACGAGAAGUUGCUGGUCCAGAUUCUAAAUGGAUCCGUUUGCUUCGAGUACAGCAGCGCGGGCAGCAGGACGAUCGUUUGCAACUAUGCACAGCUCACUGCAGGAGCCUGGUACCGGGUUUAUGCCACGAGAUACGAGUUGGACAUAAAACUGACGGUGAUCCUUCUUUCGACAGGGGGAUCGGUGACAGUCUCGAACACUUCGACAUCCAGCAACAACCUUGGCAUGGUCCUCAACUCGCCCAUCUACGUCGGAGGACUGCCUCUCAAUGCUGCUAAUAUCCAAAAAGUGUACGACAGCGGCAUAGGUUUCAACGGCUGCAUCUAUCGAGUUCUCUAUAAUGGAGUUACCAUGCCAAUCUGGCAGUCAACUUUCAGAAAAGACUCAACAGCUUCCUGCUGCAAGAAGCCGCCACAAGAGCCACAAGCUUCGACUAUCACGUCGUGUGUCACGGCGUACGGAUCGGGUUACAUCGCAUACAACCCAGCAGCUCCCGGUGCUUUCACUGCAUCCAGUGGCGCUUCACUUUCCAUCCAGUUCAGAACAUUUUCUCCGAAUGGAGUUUUGUUCCUAGUGUCGAGUAUGAGCACUGGAGAUUUUCUAGGCGUCUUCCUACAAAAUGGCAAAGUCGUUUUUCAUGUUUCUUCACAGAUGGCACUUUAUUCAGCUCUUACCGAUUCUACUUAUAACAAUGGCAAUUGGUACAAGUUCACAGCCACAUAUUCUCCAUCAAGCAUGACAUUGUUAGUUGAGCGAGUGAACGCCAGCACGGCACAGCCCUCAGAAACGAAGACAGCCACCCUCUUCAAUGCCAACCUCCUAACUCUCAAUGGCGCCAUCUACAUGGUUGGCGGGCAGAAUGGAACUUACAUUCGAGGACCAGUUUCCAAAAGUUUUUCUGGCAGUUUGAUGAACUUCCAGCAUACGACGGCCUCGUCCGGUGCACUUGUACCUCACGUCUGGAGUGCAGAUGUACUCAGCAGUUCGGACGUCGACAUGAAUACAUGUCUUGAUCAAGUACAGUCUGGAUUGGGGUUCUCAACGCCUUCCUCGUAUUGCGUCAUUGCACCGGGUCUCGUUCCCAUUGGCACCAUGGACAUUUCCUUUAUAACGUCAUCACUCAGUGGAAUUUUGUUGUUCGCACCCCUGGAACAGACAGCCACUAGUUCGAACACUUUCCUAUACAUUGCCCUCUUCAAUGGCGACAUCUUCAUCUUCUUUGAUCAGGGUCAGGGCAGACAGCCAGUCUUCAGGACUAGGAGCUUGAUGCUGGCUGAUAACGUCAUGCACAAGCUCUCUCUAGAUUUUAGAUUCGUUAACAGUCCUCGAAUGAAGGUAGACAACUCAGAAGCGUACGUGGGUGCCCUGAACAUGAACUCGAACAUGAAACUAAAGAUGAACCUCAUCUACAUCGGGGGCAUACCACCGUCGGUCUGGAUGGACAACAGCUACCUCCCUAUCAGACAGUCGUUCGUCGGUGGUCUCAAGGAAAUCACAAUUAAUCCGAACAACGCGCCAUCUUACCAGCCGGUCCUAAUCAAAUUUGACGACCCGACCUACUUGAAACUGGAUCAAUGCAAAUCUGUCUACCUCGGAGGCAUCCAAAACCCCUUGACACCUGUUUCACCGCCCUGCAAUCCCUGUCCUAGCUCCGAAACAACUCAAAAGUGCCUCACUCCCACUUCCGUUACGAACAACUCGGCAACGAAUUCAGCGACGACGAGCGGGUACAGUUUUGGAGAUGUUUCAGAAAGUUAUGUGGCCUACUCGGUGGUCGGUGAGGAAAAUGUUUUCGUGCAGGGACUUGUGGUCCAGCUGACAUUCAAAGCCCUCCAGCCAGAUGGCCUCCUGCUAUAUCUCGCCAACCAGCCAACCAGUCCACUGACUGAUUAUUUUGCCAUCUACCUCAGCAAAGGUUUCGUCAACGUCGUCCUCAUGAAUGCAAACUCGCUGAAAACUGUGGCUUCUAAGAAGAGCUACUAUGACGGCGAAUGGCAUUCGGUAACAACAGUCCGGGUGAACAACUUUUUAGCAAUAUUGUUGGAAGACUCGGGCGACUACAACAACAACAACGUCGACAUCAACAGUAGCAGUUCAGCUGUUUCCAACCUUUUCAUUAGCAGUCCGUUGUACGCGGGAGGUCUUCCGCUCUCACUCACCUCGUACCCAACUACCAUUCCCAUUGGUAAAACAAACUUCAAAGGUUGCAUUGGUAACCUGGUCGUUCAGUCGUACAACUACAAAACGAUAACAUUCACAGAAAGCAAAGAACUAAUCAAAGUCGGGGUGUCAAACUGUCUGUCCGGGGCCCAACUAGGGAUGUACCUUUCUACGGCAAACAGCUACGUACAAGUCAGCGACUCCUACAAUGCUAACCCUGUUUAUAGUCUCGUUCCAGGGUUUUCCUUAAUCUUGACUUUCAAGACUAUCGCGACGUCUGGCGUUUUGGCAGUGGCUUGGGAUUCUCCAAAUAAAUUUGUUUCACUUUCACUUAUUAACGGGGAGAGCGUGGCUAUCAGAGCAAUAAUCACGUAA